GGGGCCCCACAUACUUUUAAUAAUCCGUCUGUCUUCCAUUACCACAAAACCCCAGUUGUUGUUCCAAUUUUCUUUUUGUUCUUACAUGCACAUUUUAUUUAAUUUUAUUUAUCCCUAUAUAUAAAUCACAUUUUGACUCCCCCACUCUCACACUACCUACACUCAAUAAUGAUAAUGCCUCCGGCACCGCCCCUCACGGCGGCGAAAACCCUAGCCCCACUCCUCCUCCUCCUCAUCCUCACCGGGCCCGUAUUUUGUUGGCGGCCCUGGCCCACCACAAAGCCCAACUCGACAGAUAUUCUCUACGGCGGGUCCAAAAGGUACGAGGGCUCAUCGGAAUUCGUCCACCUCAAAUACCACAUGGGCCCAGUCCUCACUGCCAAUAUUACCGUCUACCCCAUCUGGUACGGCACGUGGCAACCCUCCCACAAGCGGAUUAUCCGCGAAUUCAUCUCCUCAAUCUCCGCCGCCGAUUCCAAGCCGCCGUCCGUCGCCGGUUGGUGGAGAACCGUCCAGCAGUACACCGAUCAGACCGGCGACAACAUAACCCGGUCGGUCCGGGUCGGGGAGGAGAAGAACGACCGGUUCUACUCCCACGGGAAGUCGCUCACGCGCCUCUCCGUGCAGUCCGUGAUAAAGUCGGCGGUCUCGGCCGCCACGCGCCCGCUGCCGGUCAACCCGAAGAGCGGGGUCUACCUCCUGCUGACGUCGGAUGACGUGCACGUGCAGGACUUCUGCAACAACAUAUGCGGCUUCCACUACUUCACCUUCCCUUCGAUCGUGGGGUACACGCUACCGUACGCCUGGGUGGGGAACUCCGCUAAAAUGUGCCCCGGCGUGUGCGCCUACCCCUUCGCCGUGCCGGAAUACAUCCCAGGGCUGACGGCCGUUAAGUCGCCUAACGGCGACGUCGGUGUGGACGGGAUGAUUAGCGUGAUAGCGCACGAGAUAGCUGAGCUGGCCACGAACCCGUUGGUCAACGCUUGGUACGCCGGCGGGGACCCGGUCUUCCCCGUGGAAAUAGCGGAUUUGUGCGAGGGGAUAUACGGAACCGGCGGGGGCGGGUCGUACACUGGGCAGAUGUUGAACGGCCGGGAUGGUGCCACGUAUAAUAUGAAUGGGAUCCGACGGCGGUUCUUGGUUCAGUGGGUUUGGAACCAUUUGUUGAAUUACUGUACUGGCCCUAAUGCACUUGAUCACUAGUAAAUCAAGCUCUUCUUCUUUUUACUCUUUUUUUUUUUUGUUUAAAAUCACUUUUUUUCUUUUCUUGUUUCUAUUUU